AUGGCUUCGAAUCCGCAAGGUGUCGCUAGCGGUGGUGGCGGUGGCGGUGGAUUUGACAUGAACAAACUAUUGAAGCCCACAUCCAAUCCUAUGAAUUUGAUUCCAAACUCUACAAAUCUAACAACUUCUCCUUCAUUUCCAACGCCUGCUCCUUCUUCACCCUCUCCGUAUUUAACACCUUCUUCUUCUUAUCCGCCUCCAACUGGUCCCUAUCCUCCUUACCACUAUUACCCCUAUCCCCCUCCACCUCCUCCACAUCAGCACUUUGCUCUUCAACAAAACGUUAACAAUAACAAUAGACCUCAAACUCAAAUCUCUUAUACCCCUCAACCUCUCCCUCAACAACCUAACCCUAAUUCUUCUGCUUCAUCUCCUCCUCCUCCUUCUCCUACUACUGCUUCUACUAACAAUCUUCUCAUGGCCUUCUUCGGCAAUCAGAAUCAGAAUCAGAGUCAAACUCAGAAUCAGAACCACAACUUGUCACCUGCUCCCUCCGAUUCAGCAACUGUUUCUGUUCCUUCUGCGCCGCCUGUUAGAUUGCGGAGCAGUAAGCUUCCCAAAGGAAGGCAUUUGAUUGGGAGUCAUGUGGUUUAUGACAUUGAUGUUAGAUUAGAUGGUGAAGUUCAGCCUCAGCUUGAAGUUACUCCAAUUACUAAGUAUGCCUCCGAUCCUGGUCUUGUUCUUGGUCGUCAGAUUGCUGUUAAUAGGAAUUACAUUUGUUAUGGUCUCAAGCUUGGUAAUAUUCGGAUACUUAAUAUUAUUACUGCUUUGAGAUCUUUGCUUCGUGGUCACACUCAGAGAGUAACAGAUAUGGCUUUCUUCGCUGAAGAUGUUCAUCUUUUGGCUAGUGCAAGUGUUGAUGGACGCUUUUUCAUAUGGAACAUUACUGAAGGCCCGGAUGAGGAGGAAAAACCUCAAAUCUUGGGUAAAAUUGUAGUUGCCAUUCAGAUACUGGCAGAUGGGGAAUCACGCCAUCCACGAGUUUGUUGGCAUCCUCACAAACAAGAAAUUUUGAUGGUUGCAAUUGGAAAUCGAAUCCUGAGGAUUGAUAGCAAUAGAGUUGGAAAAGGGGAACGGUUUUCUGCUGAGGAACCGCUUAAGUGUCCUAUUGAUGAGUUGAUUAAUGGGGUUCAUUUUGUUGGUAAGCAUGAUGGUGAAGUUACGGAGCUGUCAAUGUGCCAAUGGCUGACCACCCGCUUAGCUUCAGCAUCAGUCGAUGGCACGGUAAAGAUUUGGGAUGACCGGAAGGGAACACCACUUGCCGUGUUGAGGCCAUAUGAUGGUCAACCUGUUAAUUCUGUGACAUUCCUGAUUGGUCCUCAUCCGCAGCACAUUGUGCUGAUCACAGGGGGUCCUUUGAACCGGGAAGUGAAGAUAUGGGCCUCUGCAGAGGAGGAGGGCUGGUUGUUGCCCAGUGAUGUUGAAUCAUGGAAGUGUACUCAGACUUUGGACUUAAAGAGUUCUGCUGAACCCAGGCUUGAGGAUGCAUUCUUUAACCAAGUUGUAGCACUGAACCGUGCAGGCUUGUUUUUAUUGGCAAAUGCCAAGAAGAAUGCUAUUUAUGCUGUGCACAUAGACUAUGGGGCCAAUCCAGCCUCAACCCGCAUGGUUUACAUUGCUGAAUUUACUGUUACAAUGCCUAUUUUGAGUCUUACUGGAACCAGUGAUGGUUCUACCGAUGGAGAACAUAUUGUUCAGGUUUAUUGUGUGCAAACACAGGCUAUUCAGCAGUAUGCUUUAGACUUGUCCCAGUGCCUGCCACCACCUUUGGAGAAUGCAGAGCUGGAGAAAACAGAUUCCAGUGCUGCCCGAGAUGCUGCUAAUUCUGAUGGUUCUGCUAUUCUGGAAUCAUCUCAUGGAAGUAAAUCUGCUGACUUGCCUAUGGCUACGACGAAUUUGAUACCACCUAUACUUUCAAGCAGCUCCGAGAGUGUACCUGUAGCUAGCCGUUCUGAAAGUUUUCCUUCUUCAGAGGUUGCUGGUUUGCCUGAAAAUUUUUCAAGUGCAGAGACAAAGCCAAGUGCUUUGCCAUCUCAUAGUAAUGCUGAAAAUAUACGCACUGCAUCUCCUCCGCCACCUUUGAGUCCAAGGUUAUCUCGUAAAUCAUCUGGGUUAAGAAGUCCAUCAAAUAGCUAUGAGCCUUGUCCCCCACCAAGUGAGCUUGGUGUUGACCAGUCCGUUACUGUUAAUUCAGUUGACCAUAGAGCAAAUGCUGCCAAAGAAAAAGUGGGUGAUGUGCCUUCAUCGGGAGACAAUAUGUGGAAGGGUGAUAGAAAUGUUGCACAAAAUGAUAUUUCUAUGGUUCCAGAUCCUCCUGUUGUUUUUAAGCACCCAACCCAUCUGGUAACUCCAUCGGAGAUUUUAUCAACCGUUGCCUCGUCCUCUGAAAAUUCUCAGUUUGGUCAGCGGAUGAAUGCUGGAGAGUCAAAGGUUCAAGAUGUUGUUGUCAACAAUGAUACUGAGGGUGUUGAGGUGGAAGUUAAAGUUGUUGGUGAGACAGGAAAUGUUCAACAUAAUGAGUAUAACUCUCCUAGGGAAUCACAUAUUACUGUUAAUGAGAAGAAAGAGAAAUCCUUCUAUUCCCAGGCCUCGGAUCUUAGCAUUCAGAUGGCUAGAGAUUGUUGUGUCGGAACAUAUAAUGUGGAGGGAAUUCGCCAGGUUAAUGAUGGAAGUGUUACUGAAGCACCAGAUAGACCUUCUAAUAACAGAGAGGUUGAAGAACAAGAUGUGCCAAAAGAUGCACCUGCAAAGGUUGGUGCAUCGGAGCCUCCCAUGGUGAUUCCACAAUCCCCAGUCCCAGCUACCAAAGGGAAAAAACAAAAGGGAAAGAAUUCUCAAAUAUCUGGUGCAUCUUCACCUUCCCCUAGCCCGCACAACUCCACAGAUUCUUCUAAUGAGCCAGCUUGCACUUCUGCUUCUCCAUCCAAUGAUGCUACUUUGUCUCAGCUAUCAACUAUGCAAGAUAUGCUUGAUCAGUUGAUGAAUAUGCAAAAAGAAAUGCAGAAGCAGAUGAACGCAGUGGUUUCUGCCCCAGUUACCAAAGAAGGUAAACGACUUGAGGCGUCCUUGGGCCGGAGCAUUGAAAAAGUCGUUAAGGCUAACACAGAUGCUUUGUGGGCUCGUUUCCAAGAAGAGAAUGCUAAACAUGAGAAGUUAGAGCGAGACCGUCUGCAACAGAUAACAAAUUUGAUAACCAAUUCUAUAAACAAGGACUUGCCAGCCAUGUUUGAGAAAACUUUAAAGAAAGAAAUAGCUGCAGUUGGGCCAGCUGUUGCUCGUGCAAUCUCUCCGACUCUGGAGAAAAGCAUAUCAUCAGCUAUCACAGAGUCAUUCCAGAAGGGAGUGGGUGAAAAGGUAGUUAGUCAACUUGAGAAAUCAGUUGGUUCAAAACUGGAAACUACUGUGGUCAGGCAAAUUCAAGCACAGUUUCAAACUUCUGGCAAGCAAGCUCUUCAGGAUGCAUUACGGUCUAGUUUGGAAUCUUCAAUUAUUCCCGCAUUUGAGAUGUCAUGCAAAGCGAUGUUCGAGCAAAUUGAUUCCACAUUCCAGAAAGGGCUUGUCAAACAUACGAAUACUGUUCAACAGCAGUUUGAAAGUGCACAUUCUCCCCUUGCCAUUGCUUUAAGGGAUGCAAUUAAUUCGGCAACAUCAGUUACUCAGACUUUAAGUGGAGAAUUGGCUGAUGGGCAGCGUAAGCUCUUAGCUCUGGCAGCUGCAGGUGCCAACUCCAAAGCAGUGAAUCCCUUGGUAACUCAGUCAAGUAAUGGACCAUUGGCUGGUCUUCAUGAGAUGGUUGAGGCACCUUUGGAUCCAACAAAAGAACUAUCUAGGUUGAUAGCUGAGCGCAAAUUUGAGGAGGCAUUUACAGCAGCCUUGCACAGAAGUGAUGUAUCAAUUGUUUCUUGGUUAUGUUCUCAGGUUGAUUUACCGGGGAUUUUGUCAACAUUACCGCUCCCCCUCAGCCAAGGAGUUCUACUUGCACUUCUCCAGCAAUUGGCUUGUGAUAUCAGCAAAGAAACACCAAGAAAGUUGGCAUGGAUGACAGAUGUGGCAGUUGCCAUAAUCCCAACAGAUCCCAUGAUUGCAAUGCAUGUGCGACCUAUCUUUGAGCAGGUUUAUCAGAUACUAGGUCAUCAACGGAACCUACCCACUACCUCUGCCUCAGAAGCAAACAGCAUCCGUCUUCUUAUGCAUGUCAUAAAUUCUGUUUUGAUGAGCUGUAAAUGAUUCUUCCCUCGUCCCAAUUUGUGCAAAUUUGUAAGUUGAACUUUAUAUGUAUAGAAAUCUAGGAAGUUUCAGGGGAAGCAAAAAAUGGGAUUCUUUAAUGUACUCGGUAUUGUUAAGAUUUGUGUGAAAUAGUUCAAGUUUUCCAUUUUUGGUUCAA